GGGGGAGGGGAGGGGCGGAACCACGGUUUGCACCCCGGGACCAAACUUUUUUGCUGACUCAUACUUUAGUAAUAAAUUGUGUACAUAACGUAAAUGUAACCCUUUUGCCAAGCCCUGGACAAGGACCUGGUUCAAAUUUAGGGUUUAACGCCAAUCAUAGGGGGAGAAAAAAAAGGGUGGUCAAUGAAAAAUUUCUAGAUUAGCAGUAAUUUGGAGGGGUAGGGGAUUGGCAACUCUGCUUGCCUGCAGCAAUGGAUUUACACCAUGCUGUCCCCCCCACCCUGACACCCCCAACUACAUUCUGAACUAUGGUUUUGCCACAUCUUCCUCCCCAAGCCUUACCCUUCCUGGCCGCACCCCUGUUCCAUCUCAGACCCCAAAGAGGGACUACUGUCUGCCUACAGCAUGAUGAGCAGUGUUACAGGCAGUGAUGGGACAGCAGCAGCAGCAGUAGCACAGGGUUCGUGGGGGAUGGGGCCACGGGCUACAGAGCCCUGAGAGAAUGUUUCCUGCAUGUAGCUUCCUUCUUGCUCAGACACUGGGUGGCACUGUUCUGCUGUCAGCCCUUCAACAUCUGUGGUCAAAGAUGGUGGUCAGAGAUGGAGCCUCAUCACAUGGCUUAUUGUUUACAUGGGUGCCUCAAUUGUUUUAUAGAUUUACAGACAGUCAUUUUUAGGCUUGCCUGUUAUGGUCUGUGCAGAAAUUAUGGACAGGUAGAGCCUUGAUCCUAGAUCCAGCCCGCUCUGCAGCCUGUGAACUUAAGGCUUGCAGUUGGUGUCACUCUGAAGUAGAUGGCCCUUCUGAGGAUGCAGAUUGCCUUGUAACACAGAUUAGCAAACCUCUCGAGAGGAUAUGGUUCUCGGGAACUGUAGGCUCCCUUGAAGCUACCAAGUCUGAGAUUCCCCAAAAAGAGAUUGUACUCAUCCGGGCAUAUUGACUGAAUGCAGGCCCAGACUUGCCAAAAUUAUUUUAGGGUAAUACUUCUGAGGGACUGUAGCCUUCAUUGCAGCCACCAUUUGUGAGCUUCCCUGAGAAAAGAAUUUUACUUAUUCAGACAUUUAAUCAGUUAUAUUUCUGGCAGCAAACCUCUCAAUGGGGCAUGCUUCUCAAGGGCUGUAGGCUCUGUUGCAGCUAUUAGAUGUGAGCUUCCCCAAGAAGAUAAUUUUACUCAUCUGGCCAUAUAUUCAGGUGGUUAAAAUUGGAAGACUCUUAAAGGAUAUGUUUCUCAGGGACUGUCAGCUGUAGUGUAGCCACUAGAUCCGAGAUUGGAUGAGUAAAAUUCCUUUCUCAGAUGGAGAGAGAGUGCAGAUCUAACUUGUGGUAUGCCUACCAAGAAGAUUGGCCCCCACUGCUUUAGUACACGUCUGAGUGCCACUCUGAUUUCCUUCCUAUGCCUGAUCUAUUGCUCUACUUUCUGCUUUUUGCUUUAUGUCGCUGUGCUGCUUGUCCCCUCCCUCAUCUGCUGCAUAUCACACACAGCAUCUGCUUGUGCCACUGCUUGUGUUCAAAUCUCUGUACAAAAGUAACUUUAAGAUCAGAAAUCCUUUUGGGGGGAAAUGUGUCAGAAGGAUCGUACACUCUAUUACAGCCACCAGAUCCAAAGUUCAUGGAGAAAAAAAAUGUAUUCAUCCAGGCAUAUCUUCUUCAUGGUGAUUCAGAGCAGCAAAACUCUCAAGGGGAUAUUGUUCUUCAUUACAGCCACCACAGUUGAUUUUUUUUUUUUCUGAGAAGUGAAAAAAUCAUCUAGUGAUAUCUCCACAAUUAUGAUCACACAAUGAAAACUGAGGGGGAUGUGCUUCUCAGGGUCGAACCUGAUAGACUGGUGGCCAUGCCCCUAUGAGCAGGUUAAAGGAAGGGUCCCAGCAACAAGGGUUCUGGUUGGGGAGAAGGCAGGAGCUCAGGCUGGAGCAGGAAGAGAAGACACCCAGAAAAACUGACAGGUAAUCCUGGGGAAAAAGAGGCCUGACAGGCGCCAAAGAAGGCCAGCUGAGCCUAUUCAGAAGGAGCUAGAGGCUUUAAAGGGAAGAGACUGGCUUGGGGGAGAAGAACUUGGAGAACCUACCAUAAGUGAGAAUCAAAGCUAUAAAUGUGGCAGACCACCAGGACCAGCAAAGCCACAGACCCUCCUAACUAGAUACUUUGUCUCUCCAGCUACCUGCACACUGAGUAAAAUCAAGACCUGGCAGGGGAUUUAAGCAAGUACACCUGAGCAGAAGAGCUGGCUAGGGUGGAACAGGGAAUGCAAACAGUACUGCACCUGGAACCAGGGGAUGGGACAAGCUGCUCUACUACCUUGGGAAGAAAUUUUCUUCAUCUGGCCAUAUCUCCUGAGUAUAGGUUACCAAAUUUUUGUGGGGAAAUGUUUGCCCAGGGCUUUCAAAUGGAUUCCUUGCCUGAUGUGAAAAAUUCUGCGGGUGAAAAAGUUCAUCAUCUGGCCUGUCUCCAGAACAAUAGAUGAGACCAACUAAUUUCUGUGGGCUAACUAUUUGUCUGGGGCAGUCCAGUGCAAUCCUGGAGUGAACUGUGAGGUUUCUUUGCAAAAUAAUUUUCCUCUUGGCCACAUGUCUGGAAUGGUAAGGUGGACUAGCAAAUUUCUGUGGUGAAAUAUUUGUCUGAGGCUGCCUAAUUUAUUUCACACCUGAACAGUAUGACUCCUCAGGGAAUAAAGUUUCAUCCUGAAAAGUCAGUCAGUCUGGCUACUGUCUCUGGGGGAAAUAUUUGUCCAGGGAUCCCAAAUGUAUUCCUGGCCUGACAGUGGAGAUUGCUUGGGGAAAAAAUGUUUCCUGAUCUGGCCAUAUCUCUGGAAUGGCAGAAAAGACAGGCUAAUCUCUGUGGGGGAAGUAUCUGUCCAGAGCUGUUGAAUGUAUUUCAUAUCUGAUCUGUGAGAAAUCUUGGGGAGCAAUGUCCUUAUGUGGCCAGAUCUCCUGAAAGGUAAGUCAGUCCAGCUAAUCUCUGCAGGGGAAAUGUUUGUCUGGGGCUGCCUGAAUAUAUGGCCUCUUCAAGCCCCACGACAGGGAAGAAUGGACAGGGCUCUUUAAAGAGGAAACAGGCUGGUGGCUGUGGUGGGCCAGUAGGGGGUGCUCCUGCAUUGAGCCACCUGCCUCACUGCACCUGACCACCAUCCAGGCUCCUAGUGCCUCCCUGGGGGUGCCUCACAUCCAGCCAAUCCCCUUCCUGGAGCACACCUGCAAGCCUGGAGUUAAUGCUGCCACCACCCAGAGUCUGGACUGAUGGGCCUGUGCCCCCUGGGAAACACAGGCCUAGUAGUCCUUGAGGGUACUUGAUCCACUGUAAGCACCCCUCAGUCUGAAGCACAAAUAGUGGUCUCUGUUAGUCAGCUGAACCAAGAGGACCCCACGGCAUAAUCUAGGCCCCUCUCCCAAUAAGUGUCCCAUGCUAAGUACAAAGGAGAACUGUAUUGGUUACCAGGAGUAGGUUUGGAAUAGGGUACAGGGUAGAGCAAUAUCAGAGAAAUCCCAUAGAGCAAACAGUGGCAUGGUAGCCUUUGAUCACAUCUGAGUUACUGCAAGCUAUAUAUCUAGUUAGAUCUCAAGUAGCUUACUCACAAGUAUCAUCCAGAGGCAGGUGGAGAUUCCCUCUGGAGGCAGGCAGUUCAUUGACCAUGAGUUUCAAGACAGAGUUUCAGAAGGUCCAGCUUCUCUGAGAGUUCUCAUCACGGCUGCUGCCCCUCCUCCUGGGCAGUCCUUAAUUUAUAUAGACCUUAUGACCUCAUUUACCUGAUCCAAUGAAGGCCAGCAAGUGUUGGCUGCUUUCCAACCAAUUUGAAAUGCAUCACUGGUUGUCAGGUAGACUGGAAGGGCUCUAGCCCCCUCCCAGUCAUGUUGGCAUUGCUUAGAACAAUAGGGAGUUUAAGCCCUCACCCAGGUAUGCGAUGCCAGUCACGUAGACAGAGGGAGAAGAUUUCCCCCUCCCUCUGGACUGUAUCCAGCUCAGGUUACAAUUCGGGGUUACCUGAAGCUGAUGGGGCCAGGGGUGUCUGCCCUCUGCAGUGACCAUGGUAACCAAAUUGUCAGCAGAGUUUGGAGAGAGACAGAGAUGGUAUUCUGCCACAGUGGCCAUACACCUAAAAGCAGGUUAAAGGAAGGGCCUCAGCAGCAAGAGAGGCACAAGGGUUUUUGCUGUGGAGAAGGCAGGAGCUCAGGCUGGAACAGGAAGAGAGGAGGCUCAGGAAAAUGGGUAAACCUGGAGAAAAAGCUAGCCCCCAGUGAAGGCCAGCUGGCUGCUGUCUGUUCAGAAGAUGUCACCAACUUGGGCCACCCAGGAUAUGGUCUCAAGUUGCUCUGGUCUGGGGGGUGCCCCUAAGUAAGGUUGCCCAUGCAAUGCCACUGAGUUGUUCAGUUCUAGGAGGUGCCUUUGAAUUGUUUGAUCAGGAAGGGGCUGCGAGGUCAGGUCAGCCUAGGAAGGUGCAGCUGAGUCUGGCCAUCAGAGGGAUGCUGAUGAGUUGGUCCACUCAGCGGUAGUUACCAAUCUGUCUGGCUAAGGAGUAGCCACUGAAUCAUCUGGCUAGGGAGGGACUGCUGAGUCCAGCCACUCGGGGUGCCACCAAGUCAGGUCCCCUGUGAUGUUACAGAAUGGCUCCCUCCAGUUAUUUGAGGGUGUCAAUAAGCAGGUGGAUCAGGAUGAUCCAACUAAUAUAAUAGUAUAUCGGGACUUCCAAAAAAUUUUUGACAAAGUCCCCCACUAAAGGCUCUUAAUGAAGUUAGGUAAUGGGAUUACAGAGAAUGUCCAAUUGUAGAUUAGAAAUUGGUUUAAGGAUAGAAAACAGUGAACAGGAAAAACCCUGGUUAUACCCAAUAAAUGGUCAUUCUUUGGGAUUGAAAGAAAUAGUGGGGCCCCCUAAGAAUCUGUGUUGGGACCAGUAUUGUCUAACAUAUAAAUGAUCUGGAAAAGAAAGUGGUUAGUCGAGUGGCCAAAUUUGAUGCCACAAAAUUAUUCAAAGUGGUAUAGACUAAGAUGAACUAUGAGGAACUACAGAAGCACCUUGCACUAUUGGGCAACUAAAUGACAAAUGAAAUUCAAUGUAGAUAUGUGUAAAGUGAUGCACCUGGGCAAAAAAACCCCAAAUUGUACUUACAAUAUUGUGAGCUCUGCAUUACUACAUGGGAAAGAGAUGGGAAUGAUUGUGGACAGUUCACUAAAAAUGUCAAGAUCAGCAGUCAUCUAAAAGGCAAACCAAAUGGGGAUUAUAUAAAAAGGACUGUAAACAAAAUGGAAAGUAACAUUAUGCCUCUUUAUAUAGGGCAUUCACACUCAGAACGCUGUACCCAGUUUUGGUCUCCACACCUCGACAAGGAUAUAGAAGAACUAGAAAAGGGUAAAGACAAACUUGUCCAUCACAUUAGUAUGGGGAUAGUUUUUUUCCCCCCCAAGGCUAUACAGAGGUAAGUGUCUGGGCCUGUCCUGUCUCUGGGCAGUGAGUUCUGACCUACUAGCCAGAAGGUUUUGAGUUCAAGGCUGGGGGCUGGCCACUGCAAUUCAUUCACAACCCCCCCCCCCCCCCAAACCCUUGCUUCUUCCAGGCCUAUUUUUUCUCCUCCAACACAUGCCAAGCUGUGAUAGGCCCCAGAGCCUGACCAGUGCCUGGGCUGCAGGAUACACAGAUGCAGGGUUGGGGUGGGCCUUUGGGAUUUCAGCAUGCCAUACCAAGCUCCAGAUUCCAGCUUGUGCUUUGAUCAGAACCCUGGCAGUGUCUCUGAAGGUGGGUGAGCCAGUCAGCCAAAAUCCAUUUUUUCCUUUGUUUUAAAUUUAGGGUAGGCAAGACCAGUAAGGCCCUACCAGAUAAGAAGCCAGCACCCCUACAGGCUAGUGUAGCAUCUCUGGCUGAGCAUCAGGCUGGCAGGUAAUGGGAAAGUUUGUGGCUGGCUGUAACCCCAAGCUGCUGGACAAGGGGCUCUCUCACAGAUUCCUUAAUUAAAAAAAAAAAUGUUGGUGUAUGUUAAUAUUGGGGUAGUUUAGCCCCUCAGGCUGUAUGGAGGCAGUUUUGAGGGUCUGUCCUGUUCCUCAGGGCAGUGGGUUCUGAACUAUCAGCCAGAAGGUUGUGAAUUCAAGGCUGGGGGCUAGCCACUACAGUUCAUUUGGAAAAAAGCAGCGGUUGUGUCUGCCAGAACUUUUUUUCUGCUUCAACACAUGCCACAGCCCACCUGACCAGUACCAGGGCUGCAUGGUGCAAAGAAUGCAGGGCUUGGCCUGACCCUUUGUGGUUGCUUGUGGCCACAGUUUGCUAGACAAAGGGCUCUUCCACAGGUUCCUUAAUUUUUAAAAAAAAUGUUUAAUUACAAUUUAUUUUUGGUGUAUGUUAAUAUGGGAGUAGUUUAGCCCCUCAGGCUAUACAGAGACAAGUAUCCAGGCCUGUCUUGUAGCUCAGGGCAAUGGCUGGUGAACUACCAACCAGCAGAUUGUCAGUAGAAACCUAGGGGCUGGUCAUGGCAGUUCAUGCUGAAAAAACAGGGACUGCAUCCUCCAGACCUUUUUUCUCCUCUGAUACAUGCCAAGCUGAGAUAAGGCCCAGAGCCCACCUGACCUGUGCCAGGGUAGUGGGGUACAAAGAUGCAUAGCUUUGGGUGGGCCUUUGAUGUUUUGGCAUGCCAUGCCAAGCCCCAGAUUCCAGCCUGUGCUUCAGUUGGAGCCGUGGCAGUGUCUCUGCAUCUCUGUCAGUAUGUCUCAUGUCCAAAGGGCCAUGCAGCACUUCAAAAGAGUACAACAUGGAGUGCCAUGCACCAAUAGGUUAGAAAUGUACUUUACAAUGGUGUCAGAGGCCCAGGAGCAUCAGUGCAACUGCUUAAUAGAGUUUGGGAGGGAGGUGCAAAUGUGUUUGAUUAUUACUAUGCUCUUCUCAAAUCCCUUUAGGAAACUCUCCCAAGGAUGCACAACAAAUCCAGUAGAUCAUGGAGACAUAGCACCUCUUCAGUGAGGUCUGAGUCUGUUUCUAUGGAGUCAAGAGGAGCUUCAGCAUUUACUGCCAAGGGGCAGGAUUGGGCUCAAAGACCCAAAAUCCAUCUGGAAGCGUAACAUGCACCAGAUUCUCAACUGGCAUAAAUCAGCAGUUUCAUUCCUCUUUCCCACCCCCCACCUAAGCUGCACCAGUUUGCACCAUCUGAGGAUCAGGCCCUGGGAGAAAGAGUUGGAUGGGUUAAUAGAUUCCAGUCAUGCUUCCAUCCAGCUGGCCAAGGUGCGGAGCAUCCCAGCAACCUCACCAGAUAUGAAAUUACAGACAAACACAAAAACAGUGUCUUGGGCCAAAUCAGUUCCAAAUUCUAUUGACUAAGCAGUGCUCAGUCAUUAAAGUCUGUGUGCUGCUACCACCAGAAAGUAUCCUACCUUUUAGACUCUUCAGCCUGGGGCUUCAGAUAUUUCCAAAUCCAUAGCGGGCAUCCUAUGUGCAAGCCCCAAGGCCAGAGGCCUUGGAGUUCCGAUGCCCCCUAGUCUCACUUGCCCCUAGCCAAAAGGCUGAAGGACCAAGUUAGAGAAAAGCCUGAGAGCAGUCCCCCAUCACCAUAAAAUGUGUAGCUAAGAUCCUCCCAUUGCAAGGCUUUAGUAGAUUCUUGCAGGAGGGCCUGCUGGCAAUGCAGUGGACAAGUCUCCACCCUCAACUACACAAAAUCAUUCAUGCCUUCCAGGUCUGUAGCCAAAAGGCUCAUAUUUCUUUCUAUUUUUUUUGUUGUUGCAAAAACUGCACAUUUUGCACAUUACACCAGACACAUUCCUGCCACAAUAUCCACAAGGUGCACCUGUUCACCCACACUCCCACGUGUCCAUUACCUUCACCCUUGCCUGUCACAAUGGUGCCACCUUGCUCCUAACCCCCUGCCCAUUUAUUUCCUAGUCCUUUCAGUCAUUGCCGUUGUUGGUAGCUCUUCUCCCAUUGGCUCUGCCACCAUCAUCAUUGUGUUUGCGGUCACUCUUUUAAGGGGUCCCACCCCUGAACAGUCUGUGCCAGUCCAUCCUCUUCCAUAUGAUCCCCACCACCUCCUCCCAGGCAUCUUCUCCUAGUUCCUUGUAGUACCCUGGCAUCUUGCUUAGUCCCGUUUUGACACAGGCCUCUACUGAGAGGUGUGUGCCCGUACAUGAGCAGGUUCCUGGUCUUCCACAGGGUGUUUCUGAAGUGGGAGAUGAAUUGGUUGAAGCUGACCAUCUGGGUCCCCUGCUGCUUGGACAGGUACCCAUGGUACUGCUUCUCUGGUUAGGAUUUUGACCCCUGUCACCAUUUUAAGAGCUAUAAACACCACUUUCCUUCACACCCCCUUGGCAUAUGGACAGUACCACAGGAGGUGGUUGAUAGUUUCUGCCUUCCACAGGCAUGUUUCCCUGGGGCAGUAUGGUCAGCCUCUCUGCCCCUCUCUGCAUGGCCUGCCCGCACUGGGAAUGCUCUGUGGGAGGCAAGAGUUUUGGGGGGUUUUUUAAAGACAUUUUUUGUGUUUCCAGCCAAAUCAAGUCCAAAUCCAUGAGUCAGUCCAGAACCAUAAGUGGCCCUACAACUGGCAAAGAUCCUCCACCCCCACCAGGGGCUUCAGAUAUUUCCAAAGUCUUUUGUCAGGCAUCCUACAUGUAAGCCCAAGCCCGGAGGCUUGGGGUUUGGAUGCCCCCAAGUUUCUCCUGCCCUCAGCCAUAUGGCCAUAGGAGCAAGCUAGGGAGGAGCCUCCCCUUUCCAUCAAGUGGGCUUUAAGCCCCAAUGCCUCACCAGGUACUAAACCACACCAGAAGAACAGUUAUCCCCAGGAAUGCUUAAGGAAAACUGCCUUCAUGGACCCAGAUACAUGGUGUUCCCCCUACCAGAUAGUAUUUUUUUAUUUUUAAUUUGUAUCUGAGGCCAAAUUAGCCCAAACUAAUUCCAAAUCCAAGAGUCCAGAACCAUAAGUAGCCCUACUACUGGCAAACAUCCUCCACCUGCACCUGGGGCUUCAGAUGUUUCCAAAACCUUUGGUGGGCAUCCUACUUGCAGGCCCAAGCCCAGAGGUUUAGAGGUUGGAUGCCCCCAAGUUUUGCUUUCACUUAGCCAUGAACGUUGUGUGCCCCCGGAGGCUGGGGGGGCAUGGUGAGUUUCUGCAGGUGGCAGUGGUGCUGUCAGCAGCGGGAGCAUGGCAGUGGCGAGUGGCCAGCUCCCACAGGCAGCCGGGUGCUGUUGGCUGCGGAGCGGGGGUGAGUGCUGACCGGUGGUUGGCAACCCCCAACAGACACCACCAGCAGUAAUAGGGGACUGCCUGCCACCAGCGGUGUUAGUGGUGGCAAGCGGUGACUGCCUGUAGUGUCAGGAGCACUUUUUGCAGGGGGUGCACCGCUAAUGCCCUUAGCCAUAAGGCCCUCUGAGCAAGCAAGUGAGGAGACUCCCAUGUCCAUAAUGGACUUACAGUCAGUCCUGAACCACGCCAGAAGAGCAGUUCUUCUGCGGGGCGGUUCAGGAAAACUGCCCCCGUGGACACAGAUGCAUGGUAUUUCCCCUGCCAGGUUAAGAAGCUACCAGGCUUGUCCUGGGCCCAAAGCGUGCAGGACCCUGCAGGGGAGCAGCACAGGGGCCUCGUCCGGCCAGGGGCGCUGGGCCGCCAAGGGGAGGCUGACUUCCAGCCAGGCUGGGGCGCUGCAGGGCCCCUGGCCGGACAGGAAAGCCCCGGGGGCUGUCACAGGAGGGGCAGGAACUGGAAGCGGAGCCCCGACUGUUUUGACCGCGAGGCGCCGGGGAAGCGAAGCCCGGCGGGGGCUUUUAUUGGCUCCAGCCCGCUCACGGGCCGCGUUGGAGGAGGGGCUUGUUGCCAAGGUUGCGGAGUUAGGGGAGGGGAGGCCGGGCAGGUGCUUCUCAACGGCUCGGGCAGUUUGGCGGCGUGGCCCGUCAGGUCGGCGGUGCUGCCCACAGCAGUGGGGCCGGGCAGGGAAGAGCCCCCAAGUGCCCGGGUCAGCGAGCUCCUCCCCGGGGCGGCAGCCUCAGCUCAGUCGCUCUUUCUUGCCUUGGCCCCCGAGUCGCGCCGCGCACAGGCCUCCAGUUGCAGCAGGCUGUCCCUCACAAGGAAGUACUGUCCUGGUUCUUCACUCCAUCAAUGUCUGGGCUGGGCUACUAUCAAGUCCCUGAAAGGGGAUAUUGCAGCAUGAACAGCAGUGAAAGGACCAACUGGCAUGGGAUGGAAGCAGUAAGCCAGCAAAGCCUUAGCUUUCCUUUCUUACACAGGACUUGACUCCCAAGAUUUCCCAGCCUCCUUUUAAGACAAAAAGACACUGUCACAAUGAGCAAGAAUAUUCAGGAGUUAAGGGAAGAAUUAGAAAGACAAACCAAAGAGACACUGAAACUCCAAGAAGAAGCAACCAAAUUCACCAUGGAAUCAAUUACACAUUCUCGGAUUCAUGAGGACACUUCAUCAAGUGGCAGCAUUUCCACUGGGGGUGCUAUUAGCCCAUUCAUCAUCAAUCAGAACAUGUUGGCUUCUUCCAUUCACAGCACAGUGAUGGAAACUUCUGCCUCUUGCACUGGCAGUAGCCCCCCCAAAACAGUCUUGUUUUCUAAAUAUGAAGUGGACAUAGAUACCCAGAGAAAGAGUGCUGGUUAUCUGGGAAAAGAACACAUUGAAAGCAUCUUGGAAGAAUAUUCACAGCAAGUUCGGGAUUUGCAGAAGAGGCUAAAGGAAACUACUGAGCUGCAUGAGCAACAGAGGUUCAAUUUAAAACAGACCAUUAUAGAUUUGCAGACCAAAUUAAAGGAAGUGCAAAUGGAGAGAGAGACCUUGAUGGAUAUUAGGCGACGAGAAUCCCAGAGCCAGGAAGAUAUGAAAAUACAGCUUCAGAGUACCAUUCAGGAGUUAGAAACAGCUAAUCAUCUUCAGGAGGAGAUGUUGAGGGAGGCCAACAGCCAAACUGAGCAUCUGAAAACGAUGGUGCAUGUUCAUGAGGAAGUUCUCCAGGAACUGCGGGGCAUCCUAGUGGAUUAUGAAGACAGCACAAGCAAGAAGGUGUACGAGCAUGAAAAUAUCACUAAUCUCCACAUCCGCAACCUGGGCACAGCUUUUAGUAAAGUCCUACGAGAUCUGGACUUAGAGGUCUCGUACCUCAAAGGGAGGAUUUUCCCAAUGGAAGAACAACUUGAAUCCCUGAAAAAAGAAUCACUGACCAAAACAGAACUUCUGCUUCAACAGCAUCAAAAUAGGAUUGAAGAACUAAUAAAUGAGCAUGAACAGGAGAUGGCAGCACUGACUGAUAAAGCUAAUCAUGCACGCAGCCAUGCAAGUAGUAUCCAAACCCAUAUGGAAAUCAUCCAAGAGCAAACAAGAAACCAGAAUUCAAUGUACACGCGUCAGGUCAGUCAGCUGGAAUCUACUGUUUCUCAGCUACGUUCUGAAUUACGGGAAGCUAAAAGGAUGUAUGAAGACAAGAUAGAAGAUCUUCAGAAGCAAUUGCACCUAGCUCAUUCGGAAAUGGCAGAGGCUCAGACUGAAAGGGAUCAAUACAGCCAAGAAUCUGGAAAUCUAGAUGAUCAACUUCAGCACUUACUGGCUGAUCUACAUAAAAGGGAGAUGGAACUGAGUCUGGAAAAGGAACAGAACAAGAGACUUUGGGAUCGGGAUACUGGCAACAGUAUCACAAUUGAUCACCUGCGGAGAGAACUGGACAAUAAGAACAUGGAAUUGCAGCGAAUGGAAAGCAUCCUGAAGACAAUGAAGACCGAGUGUCAAGGACAAAUGGAGCGUCAGAUGGCUGCAAUUAAGGAAAAAAAUGAGAGCAUUGAAAGAGUCUCCUCCUUGACUGCCCAACUAGAGUCAACCAAAGAAACAUUUCGUAAAGUGGUUGAAGACCUGACAGCCAAGACAAUGAAUCUUGAGACCGCUGAGAGAACAGUGUCUGAAUUGAGAAUCUGCCUGCAAGAGAAGGCGAGAUCCACUGAGAUUACCAAUGAGGAAAUUAAGAAGCUCCGUUCAAGAGUAGAUGGUAAAUUGCAGGAGCUUCAACACUUAAGGAAUGAAGGGGACCAUCUACGAAAUGUGCAGGCAGAGUGUGAGACACUAAAACUUCAGAUAAUGGAGAAGGAAAGGAUUAUUGAGAUCUUCCAAAAGCAAAUUGAUAAUAUGACUCAAAUUGUGGGCCAACAUGGCCGAACUGCUGGUGCAAUGGAGGUAGAAAAAUCUCAGCUUGUGAAAGAGGUCAAUGACAGAAAACUGGAAGUACAAGAACUUAAGAUUUCAAAGGAAAAGAAAGAAGCCAGAAUCCGUGAACUGGAGGCCAGAUUGAGUGAACUGGAACUGGAAAAAGUUAAACUGGUAAACACCUGCACUGAGAGGCUCCGUGCAGUAAAAGAUAUAAAACUGGAAAAGGACCAACUCAUGAAUGAGCUGAAAGCCAAUCGUACUGAGCUAGCCAGCCUCACAGAGGAAUAUGAAAAUUUAAAGCGGAGUUAUCAAGACAAAAGUGAAGAGAUGGAAACUACCACAAACAAACUGAAAAUGCAAUUGAAAUCGGCCCACGCUGAGUUGGAACAAACCAGAGCCACUUUAAAGACUAUGGAAGGCUCUGAUGGCCAUGCUAUGAAAGUUGCAAUGGGAAUGCAGAAGCAAAUCACAGCCAAGAGAGGACAGAUAGAUGCACUGCAGAGCAAAAUUAAAUUCUUGGAGGAGGCAAUGACAAAUGCGACUAAGGAGAAGCAUUACCUGAAAGAAGAGAAUAAUAAACUGAGCCAAGAAUUGAGUUGCACUGCAACAGAAAACAACAAGAUGGCUGGAGAACUGGAGAUCCUAAGGUCACAAGAUCGACGUAGGAAAGAAAAAAUUGCUAACAUGGAGGCAGCCCUUGAUAAGGCAUCUAUGCAAUUUGCAGAAUGCCAGUGCAUAAUCCAGUGUCAGGAACAAGAAGCAAUGCGCUUCAAGCUGCAGCAUGCUUUGGAUGUAAAAGAACUCCAAGGCCCGGGUUAUGCAUCCAGUUCUACUUUGGGAAAACAGUGCCAUAUAUUACCACUGACCCAUCCUCACUCUAGUAAUGUUUCAUCUUCCCAAGCCUUUAGCAGCUUCAUAACCCUUAUGCCGCACAAACCAGGCAUUUUGAAGGAGGAUCCACUGAGAGAUUUAAAGCGGCUUCUUGAAGAAUUAAGAUGUACAAUUGAUGAGAUUCCCUCUGUGGUUCUCAGUAAGAAUGACCUUGACGAUGGGAGUGAAUUACCUUUAGGAACAAUGAGAAACACAAUAGAUGGUGCAAGUCGAGCAUGUGCUUCUACAUGUAGCCUGCGACCAAAUGCUCAUAGUAGAGAGAUUGCAGUUCGAGAUUCAGGCCCUGAAGACAGUCUGGAGCAGAAUACUUUCAGUCGGGAUCCUUUAACUUUACAUACUGCAGAUCUGGAGGACCAAGCUGCUACCCUGUCUUUUGCACCUACUGCAAGUCCAUCCAUCCUUGCAGUUACUGCUCACUAUCGAUCUUCCCCAAAGAAGUUAUCCCAGGAGGAGAGAUACAAAGAUAGGUCUCCAGUGCACUCGCUGUUAACUGCUCCGCUAGAUGACCUGAAGGCUGUUCCUGGUACCUCCACAGACCACAAACCAUCUGUGAGGGGGACUAGCUCACUAGAAGCUGCAGGUGCUGCCACAGUCACCCAGAAAAGUGUAUCCUUCAGUCCCAGUUCUUCUUCUCAGCCUGUGGAAACCAGUGGGCGCACUUGCAGAAAGCUACAGAACAAGAUGGAAAGCCUGCAAAGUCUGGUUGAAACUUUACAGCUGAAAAACAAAGCAAUGUCUUCAAUGAUCAGAAGUCAAGAAAAGAAGAUAGAGAAAGUGAAGGAAAAGGAGAAGAGGCUAACAAAAUGAAGAAACUCUGUGAGGUUGUGAUCAUUUGACUGUGUAGAUUGUGCCUAGUUAAAUGUGUUAUUUAAAUUAUAUUAUCCUUUAAAAGAGUAAUAAUAAAGGUUCUCAGUUUUGUAA